AUGCCGUCUUUGACUUCUCUGCUCUCGUUCUUCACCCUCGCUGCUGGCGUCCUUGGCUCCACUGGUGAUCUCUCGAAGAGAGAGUCGUACACCUCGAGCUCGACUGGAACGAGCAAUGGCUACUACUACUCCUUCUGGACCGACGGCGGUGCCGAUAUUACAUACACCAACGGCGCGGCUGGUGAAUACAGCGUGACCUGGUCCGGAGACGGCAACUUUGUUGGUGGAAAGGGAUGGAACCCCGGUGGUUCUCGAUCCGUGAGCUUCUCCGGCUCCUACAACCCGAACGGAAACAGCUACCUCUCAAUCUACGGCUGGACCACUGACCCCCUGAUCGAAUUCUACAUCGUUGAAGACUUCGGUACCUACAACCCCUCCACCGGCGCAACCAAGAAGGGUACCGUCACCAGCGACGGCAGCACCUAUGACAUCUACACCAACGAGCGCAUCAACCAGCCUUCUAUCGAGGGAACUUCUACCUUUACCCAGUACUGGUCGGUUCGCCAGAACAAGCGUUCCCAGGGUACUGUUACUACUGGCAACCACUUUAAGGCGUGGGAGAACCUUGGCAUGGAUUUGGGAUCGUUCAAUUAUAUGAUCGUUGCUACUGAGGGGUACUAUAGCAGUGGAUCUGCUGAUAUUACUGUUUCUUAA